AUGGCAGAGGAGUUGAUUUUGUUGGACGAUUGGCUUAGUAUGUUUGGCAUGAGAGCGAGGAUCGCACUGGCAGAAAAGGAGAUAAAGUAUGAGUACAGGGAAGAGGAUCUGUCGAACAAGAGUCAACUGCUUCUGCAAAUGAACCCAAUUCACAAGAAGAUCCCAGUUCUCAUCCAUAAUGGGAAACCCAUUUGUGAGUCCAUCAUUAUUGUUGAGUAUCUUGAUGAGCUUUGCAAGGACAAAGUUUCUUUCCUACCCUCAGACCCUUAUCAGAGAGCUCAGGCCAGGUUCUGGGCUGAUUUUGUCAACAAGAAGGUUGGUGAUGUUGGGGGGAGGAUAUGGUCUAUGAAGAGAGAAGGGAUUGAAGUGGCAAAGAAGGAGUUAGUGGAGAGCUUAAAGGAAUUGGAGAAGGAACUUGGAGAUAAACCUUACUUUGGAGGUGAAACAUUUGGAUUUGUUGACAUUGCUCUCGUCCCUUUCUACACCUGGUUUUAUACUUAUGAGGAAUUGGGGAACUUCAAAGUGGAGGCGGAGUGUCCUAAGAUCAUUGCUUGGGCAAAGAGAUGCAAUCAGAGGGAGAGUGUUUCCAAAUCUCUUGCUGAUGAAAAAGAGGUUUAUGAGUUUGUUGCAAGCUACAGAAAGAGCCUUCACUUGGACGAUUAG